UAGUAAAUGAAAUGAUGUUAAGUAUUCCACGGUUUUCACGCUAGUUUCGACAAUAUCGACCUUUGCUGUUCAUCAUUGGGGUGGUUUUAAAUGAAUAUAAAUAUAGAAUCGAAUGAAGCGAAAGUAAAUUCAUGAAAAAGAUGUUUAUAGAACGUUUUUUAGUGCUGUUUUCGUUGGUUGCCUCAGAGCAGCAGAAAUAUGCAGUAGUUUUUGACGCAGGAAGCACUGGCUCGAGAGUUCAUGUGUUCAGCUUCGACAGCGAUAUUGGUCUCCUCAAAAUUGACCAAGACUAUGAGUUUUAUGCGGCUGUAACACCCGGUCUGAGUUCAUACCCUGAUGACCCCAAGGCUGCAGCCGACUCCUUGAGGCCCCUCUUAGACCAAGCCCAAGCAGUUGUUCCUCAGGAACUGCGUUCUACCACACCUCUUAAACUUGGGGCAACUGCCGGUCUUCGACUCUUACCGGGCAACGCUUCUGAAGCCAUCUUGGAAGCAGUGAAGGAGUAUUUUGAGCAGGAAAGCAGCCUGGAUUACAGGCCCGAAUGGGUGAGCGUCCUUGAAGGAACAGAUGAAGCUGCUUACAUGUGGCUGGCAAUCAACUAUUUAUUAGAGAGUUUAAGAGGAGGAUUCUCGCAGACUGUGGGUGUGGUAGAUCUGGGUGGGGGAUCGGUGCAGAUGGCUUACGCUCUCUCUGAGUCUGCUGCUUCAAACGCCCCACCCGCCUACGUCUUCCAGAAACUCAUUUUAGGAACUAAUUAUAACCUUUAUACUCACAGUUAUUUGAACUACGGGCUGAAAGCGGCUCGAGCCCAAAGCCUCAACAUUUCUGGAGGUGCCGGCAAUCCCUGCGUGACCAACGGUUAUCAGGGGACUUACGAGUAUAACGGGGAGGUUUACAAUGCCGCGCCGCCGCGCUCCGGCACAAACUUGAGAAGAUGCAGAGCAUUAGCUCGGAAGGUGCUCAAAGUGGACGCGCCCUGCUCCCACAACAACUGCACCUUCGACGGCAUCUGGAGCGGCGGUGGCGGAGAUGGAUUCACCAACUUGUACAUUGCCUCGUACUUCUAUGAUACAGCUGCCGAGAGCGGGAUCGUGAAGGUGGACGCGAAUACGGCCCGUAUUCAACCCAUAGUAUACAGAGAUGCAGCAAAGCGGGCGUGCAGAGCAAACAUAGAGAAUAUAAAGUCAAUAUUUCCAGCAAUAGAAGAGGGGGAUUUGGGGUAUCUGUGCAUGGAUCUUGUAUACGAGUACAGCUUGCUGGUUGAUGGUUUCCACCUGGAUCCCUUCGAAGAGGUCACGGUGGUGAAGAAUGUGGACUACAAGGGUUCCUUGAUAGGGGCAGCUUGGCCACUCGGCUGCGCAGUUGAACUCCUUUCCUCAUAAACAAUCCCCAAUAAGGAACCACCUUAUAUCUCGUUUAUUUUGACUUAAUAAAAAAUAAGUGGACUUUCUUUUACUAAGGAAAAGAGAGAAAAUUAUUAGGAACAUGAACAUGGAGCAUGGAAAUAAUCCUCCAUAAAGGACGGGGUUCAUUCCAAACAUGAAGUGUAGAAAUAUCUCUCGCAACUUUCGCUAAGCAAUUUGAUUUCUCCUAACAUAAUUUUUACGUAAA